CGGUCGCCUCUCGUUUGUUUUGGAAUUGAAAUUUUAAAUGUAAUAGCUAACAGCUCCCAGCUGCUGGUACUUUGUAUUCUCUGUCAACUAUUGAUAAUUAAUUAUUUAAAAUUCUUUUUUUUUGUCACUGUGAGGUAUUUUAUUAUUUCAUAAAGUAAAACGUUUUAAAUAGCCGCUGUCUAUUAAAAACAUGGGCCUAAUUAGUAGCAAGUUUGCCCAAAAACCACAGCAUUGUGAGGAAGAUGAGACAGGUAGCAUUCCUUCCACACCAAUUUUAACACCCAAAGGGACACUCACUUGUGAAAAAGUGGAGGAAAGUGGGGUCCUUGAUCCCAGAUCUCCCAGUAGGCAUAUCUCUAGGACCCCUAUACAGAUGGUGUCUUUGGUUGCUGAACAGCAAUCGCCCACUCUACACAUUAAAACUGAUGGUGCUGCUGUAACAGAAACCCCUCUUAAGAACCAUCUAGUGUUGGGUAUAGAUCCCAGGUCACCCAGUGUAGAACUGAAUAGGACUCCAAUAAUAGUUGACAAUACUUCUCCCGAGUUACCCCAAAAAAUUAAAAAUAAGACACUGGAUAAAGUGCGCAAUGGAGAAAUAAGAAACAUUAACCCUAAAUAUGAGCAGAAGGUUGGGGAGGUUCAUGUUACCCCUAAAAAUAAAAGAGGAGAUUUUAAUAAAAGGAAAUCUUUGGUUCUUUUGGAGACUAAUAUUGACUACACCGAGACUAAUUUGGAUGAUGUAAUUAGAGAGAAAUACCCAGUUGAGCAAUUGGAGAACCUCUCUGCUGCUUGUUGUGAUGCACAACAUAAUUCGAUCACAGAAUGUACAGAAUCACUAGUUGAAUCAUCGAAAUCGACUGAAAACAUUCAACCUGAUCAUCUACUUAUUGGCACACCUAAAAAAAUUGCUGAUUUUAUAGAAAAAUGUGAAGGCAGCUCUGCAGAGAUGCUAGAGGAGUGCUCUGAUAUUAUUAAAGAAGCCAUUGUGGUCAAAGAUGAAAUAGAAAUUAGUCCAGGAGAAACAAAAACUGAAACAAACGACUCCCUAGUAGCCAAAUCAGAACCAGAUUUUGAAAUAACUGAACCAGCUGUAGUGGAAGAUACUGCUCAGACUACUGAAGCAACCGGUGACAUACCUGAAACCAAAGAAAUUCCUAGUGAGAAACUUGAAAAACCAUUCCAAAGCAUCUCAGAACCUAUUCUUAAAAUUAAUCUGAUAGCAGACGUGAAGGAACUGGAUAAAAAACUGACCAACUUAAUCUACGAAGAUGACGACUUAGUGGUUUGCCCCAAAAUAGUCAAAGAUACAGGGAAAAUGAUGCAAACAAGAACGCCAUUGGGAGAACGGCAAUCCGUAAGUGAAAACUCGAAACCCGGCAAGCUGAAGGUUUCGGAUAAGCCGAGGAGAUCCCAAAUUCCACUGUUUAAAGACAAAAAGGUGAAGGUUCAGUGCGAAAAUACUCCGCCAAGAUCUAUGAGAAGACAACAGGGGGCGAAAGCGAAAAAGUCCCAAUGGGACCUUAAGAAUGACACUCUCGUCAUUUGAUUGGCCAUUAAGAGGACAGAACCUGAUUCGUACAAAAGUUUGUUUUCUAUUUCAUGAUUAUUAUUAAUGUUAGGCUAGUUUUUGUAUUUAGUUUAUUCUUGCCUUUUACUUUACGCCUUAUUGGUAGGAUUUUAUAGAAACAUUUGCACCUUACAUAUAUUUAAUUUAACUCAAUAAUAAUUUUGACUGUAUUAUAAAUUUAUUGUUUUUACUUGUAAAUGUUGUUAGUUAAGUUUUGUAUAUGUGAUAUACCCUAACACGUAAGUAACUAAUUUUCAGUCAUAUUUAAUGUUUUAAUGGUAAUAAAAGGACGUUUUUAUCUAA